AUGAACUCCUCCUCCUCCACUCAAUGUGUCGCGAUUUCCACUCAACCCGAUCCCACAAAUCACCCAGUGAUCGUCGCCAUUUUUGUCUUCAUCUAUCUCAACAUUUUCACCCUCGGUCUUAUUGGGAAUACGGCUGUCAUUUAUCUCACAUUGAAGCAUCGUCACUUACAAACGGUUCAAAACAUGUUCAUCCUGAAUCUGGCACUCUCCGAUGUGAUCGUUUGUCUUCUUUCGAUGCCAUUCACACUUGUCACGAACAUCUACAAAGUGUGGUAUUUCGGGUCGCCAUUCUGUCAUCUUCUACCAAUGGUGCAGGGAAUCUCGAUUUUCGUCUCCACAUUUUCUCUAUCAGCGAUUGCGCUUGAUCGCUACAAUUUGGUGAGGAAAGUGAAAGGAAAAUCGAAUCAUAUUUUCAGGUGCUUGUCUUGUGGCAGCGAUUCUUUGGGUUGUUUCGGUUGUCGUUUGUCUUCCAUAUGGAUGGUACAUGGAAAUCCAAACAUAUCCCGGAUUUGUGAAGAGUACUGUUCGGAGACUUGGCCAUCACCUGAUGUUAAACGUGGUUAUGCUCUUCUCGUUCUCACCACUCAAUUCCUUCUCCCAUUCGCCACAAUGGCCGUCUGUUACUAUACGAUAUUCUCUGUGUUGAAAGAGAGAUGUGCGGUGAAAUUGAAGAAAUUGACUGAGCGGAGUCAACUGUUGGAAACGAGUAUACCACAGGAACAAAUCGGUGAUGGUAAUGAAAGCUUUGAGUAUCAACAACGAUUGACUGUUGUCAUGCAACAGAGAAGAACGACAACAAUUCUCGCAUCAAUGGUAUUACUCUUCGGUGCCUUGUCACGCAUAGUUUUGCGAUGC